ACAAAACAGAAUAGACACACUCAUGGCUCAAAUAGGCAGCAGUGAUCGAGACAACACCAAACUGACACUGAAAAUCCUGAAUCUGCAGAGCCAGGUGAAGCACCUGCAGAAUCUGCUGUCAAACCGCGAAACUCUACAAACCAGUAAGCUAACUGAGAUCACAAAUGAGCUUGCAGCCAAGAAGGGAGAGCUGGAGAAACAUGUCAAUGAGCUGAAACAGAAGAACCAGGAAAAUGCCAACCUGAUUUUGAACAUCACUGAUCUGCAAAGCCAACUUGAAAACCUUGAAAAAGUUAAGACAGCUGAGGAUAAAGAAAGUGCUGCUACAAUUUCUAAUCUCAGAAAACAACUGAAGGUUAAAGAGGAGGAGCAUUCUCGUGAUCAGGAAGUGAUCCUCGGUAAGUUCAUCCGUGGCAUGUUUAAAUUUCUGCAACAAGAAGGAUUAAGUUGA